AUGGAGCCCGCGCUGCGUCGAGCGGCUCACAGCCUGUGCGGGCGCUGCUCGGCAUCGCUGCGUCGGCAGAUUACUGCCGGGGGAGCGCUGAGGCCGUGGGCGCAAGUGCCGAUCCGGAGCGUCCAUUCGUGCAAGUCGGCAGACAGCAAGCGGACGAUUGCGGCAUCCAAGCUGACGACGUCUGCUCGCGAAUACUCUUCGGAGGCUUCUGCGGCAGGAAAGGCUGCGCCAGCUACGCUUCGGUUAAGCCAGGAUGAUUUGUUUCACCCCUUCUCCGAAUCGCCAGUUCCCGAAUUCCGGCGUCGAGCCGCCUUCAUGAGACAGCAUGCAUACUGCCCUCACCCGGACCACAAGCAUGUCAGAGCUCCGAUCGAUGCGUCAGCCGUCAGUGAUGCCGCUCCGGCUACCGGGGGGGACAUGCCUCCUGCGAAUGUGGACUUUGAGUGCCCUGAUUGUGGCAUUGCUGUGUACUGCAGCAAAGAGCACUGGAUGGAUGAUUAUGAGAACCACUUGAAGAUCUGCGAUACCCUCCGGCAGAUCAAUGAAGACGAGCACGAUCUCCGGUCUGGCAGAGUGUUCCAUGAGGGUAACCUCCCCGACCUCCAGAUGGAGAAUGCUGCGGUCAAUAUGACGAACUGGGACACGUUCAUGUACACUCGAGAGUUCGAAGCGGUGGACUCGGACCGAUCUAUGAGGCAAAUCACUCGCCUCCUUACGUAUCCGAUUACCAUCGGCAGUGUUCUCCACGAGCUGAGCCCCUACACUAUCCAGAAAGGAGGACGUUUGACGGUCGAGGGACUGAAGAGCUUCAGCGCUUUGAGAUACAAUCUGCACAUACCAAGAUCUGGACGUGGUGCUGGCGUCAACCAGCUUCGCCCGGAACCCCCACCAGUGAGGCUCUUUAUUCUCGGUGCACGAGCCGAAUCGUCUCUUCCGCGACCGAUAUGGGUGCAGCUGGCUCAUCUGUUCCCCGAAUCACGAUUGCACCUCAUCUUCAUCGGACCGGAGAGCAUGGCCAACCGGGAUGACGAGUUCCCAUUGCCUGAACGCACGCCCUCAAACCCGUUCGGUACCGUGGUGGAAGACCGGGUAUGGUACAACAUGAAGAUAAGCACCAUUGUGGAUUACUACCAUACCAUUCACAAGACGGGCCAUUUUGCGCCCUACGAUCCUUACUUUGACUGCUUCGUCCUGUUCCACCCCGGACUGGGCCAUCCCGCCAGCAGCCACGACUGGGAAGAAACCUUGCCCUUGCUGUUGGAGACCAAGGUGCCAAUCAUCAGCACAGGAUAUACCGAGGUCGACGUGAAGCGUGACGUCGAGUGGGUGAAGAAGAAGUCAGGAGGGGAGUUUGACAUGCUGCUGGAACCUGGAGAGAACAUCUUCCGGAGUCUGCGAUGGGACCUUGAUGACAUGGACCCCCAAGAUAUCACCUGUGGUAACUGGGGCGUUUGGGCAUUCCGAGGAAAGAGGAUGCACAUGUGGGGGCUCCAGCUGGGUGCUUGCGCUGUGCAGGUGCAGCAGCGUCAGACCGAUCCGUUCCAGCUGCAUGCGACAUGCGAACCCCAGACCCGCGACCCAACAGCGGCCCAACUUAACCUCAACGACGUCCAGCCUCUUUCUGCCGCUUCCGACUUCUCUCUCUCUCUCUCCCUCUCUCUCGUCACCGCUGCUCCGCUCCGUUUCGCGCUUCUCGACCCGUCUCCGUCAUCCGCCGCCUCCUCGAUCCCGCCCCUUGCAGCGCGCAAUGAUCCUCAGACAACGCCGCUCGACUCGCCGGCCAUGAAUGCCGCCUCCGCUUCAGCUCCCCUCGCUCCCAGAGCCGCGGCGAGGCCCAAACAGGCGGCCGCCUCUCCGUCUCCCGAUGCCGGUGCCGGUAAUGUCGCAGAUCGCCGGAGCAACCGUGCCGCGCCCGUUGACCCGCUGUCCGACCGGGCCACGCUGAACCUCAUCCGCCGGACGCUGUGCCCGCAGCACCUGGGAGACAAGACCCGUGAUGCCCAGCCCGCCCUCCAGGACCUGCUGCCGCCGCUGACGAGCCGCAACGAUGUCGACCUGCAGCUUUACGCCUUCCUGGCCAUCAUCAUGCGCGACUUUGUGCAGAGCUGGUAUGGCAAGAUCACCACAGACGAGACCUUUGUGCCUGAGAUUCUCCGCAUCAUAGCACACUGCACCACGGCGCUGGAGCAGAGGCUAGUAGUGGUGUGGCGAUGCCCUACGGUUUUUGGAUCUGCCACUGACCGGGUCGCAGCUCGCCGCGUGGCCUCUCGCUCUGCCCUACAACCGUCCAUGGAUGCUGAUCCCCGAGAGAUCUAUCACUCCAUAUCCCCCUUACCCUUUCUCUCCCCCGUACCUCGCCCGGACAAUGGCACAGCCGUGGAGCUGCAGCGGCAGAACGAGGCGACGUAUCGCCAGUUACUAGUCCAAGCCGUUUUGGCCAUCCUGCUCCCGACUGAAGAUCUGGAGAAUCCUUGUCUGACGGCUCUCGUGGAGCAGAUCCUGUCCGAGCUCAUCAUCGGCAAUGUGAUUGCGGGCAAAGCAUCCCAGCCAUGGUUGCUCUAUGAGGCUAUCUGCAUAUCCGCAAGGUCAUUGGGUGAGCAGAAAGCCAGAACAAAGGCAAGGAUCGUGACUGGGACGGAACAACCAUCGCCAUCUUCAUCGGACCUUGGCCAGGAUGCGGCCAAGUCGCCCAAGUGGACGGUUCACGGGGUGUUUGUCUUGCUCAUUCACUUGGGCAUUCUCUUCUUCAAUGCAGUCAGGUUCAUGGCGGGUAUAUUGGCGGAUUCUAUAUCCCUGCCGCCUAGAACGGCGCUUCAUCUCGAUGAGGAAGCCGCAGACUACGUUCACGACGACAAACGACGACUACUAACUACGGAUACGAACCUCGGCCGCGCCAAAGUACCAGUACUUUCCUUCAAGCUCUGGUCAUGUCUUGGAAACCUGAUUGAGCUGGAACAGCGGAAGCCCUGGCUGGGCGGCUUCAUAUCGCUACUACGGACGGCGGCCAUUCAUGGGCCAUGGCGCAUUGCGGGGCUUGAUGGCCCUCUUGACAGGUAA